AACGAAACGUAAUGAUAAAGGUAUUUUCGGGAUCCUGAUUUCGUUUUAAUCUUACUAAAGUGAUAAAAACCAUGUAUCUGUAAAUAGCGACCAAAACGACAAUCUGACACAAAAAAUUUGCUCUUUUUAAUUACCGAAUCACCAUAGAAUUUGUUGCAUUUUAGGUUGGUUUUCUGCGUUGACAUUGGGGCUGGCGUAUUUCCUUUUCAUAGUCAACAAAACCCGUAAAAAUGUUCGAAAUGAAUGCCGCCGAACCGAUGCAAGUGGACGUUCCACUUGAGGAUAAUGAGAACAAUGAAGCCGAGUGCUAUGUGGUUGAGAACCCUACUCUAGACUUAGAAUCGUACGCGGCUUCUUACACAGGCUUCGCCAAGUUAUAUAGACUUAUGUUUGUAGCAGACCACUGUCCAUCUCUCAGAUUGGAAGCCCUCAAGAUGGCCAUAUCGUAUGUCAUGACAACUUACAAUGUAAGCCUCUACCAAACCCUCCACAAGAAACUAGCCGAGGCUAUAGCUAGCUCGGGCCUCCCUGAUGUAGCCGUUCAAAUGGGAUCGCAGGAUAUUCCUGUCAUUGAUGCCAUGUGGGUCGAGUCUAAGACUAAAAAAGCUGCAAUCAAAUUGGAAAAGCUGGACACAGACCUCAAGAAUUAUAAAACCAAUUCAAUAAAGGAAAGCAUCCGGAGAGGACAUGACGAUCUGGGAGAUCACUACCUGGACUGCGGAGAUUUAACCAGUGCUCUGAAGUGUUACUCGAGAGCAAGAGAUUACUGCACAAGUGGAAAGCACAUAAUAAUGAUGUGUCUCAAUGUAGUUAAAGUGUCUGUUUAUCUGCAAAACUGGGCCCAUGUUCUUAAUUAUGUGUCGAAGGCCGAGACCACACCAGACUUCAAUGAGAUUCCUGGAAAGGACUCCAACCAGACCAUUCUGACACGUUUAAAAUGUGCAGCCGGUCUGGCUGAGUUAGCUACUAAGAAAUAUAAGUCUGCAGCCAAGCACUUCUUAGCGGCCAGCAUUGACCAUUGUGAUUACCCUGAGCUUCUGAGCAGCAACAAUGUUGCAGUGUACGGUGGACUGUGCGCUCUAGCCACCUUUGACCGCUCUGAAUUGCAGAAGCAGGUCAUAGUUAGCAGUUCUUUUAAAUUAUUCCUAGAAUUAGAGCCACAGUUAAGAGACAUAAUUUUUAAAUUCUAUGAAUCUAAGUACGCUUCCUGCCUAAGGUUACUGGAUGAGAUCAGAGAUAAUCUACUGUUAGACAUGUAUUUAGCACCUCAUUUAAAUUCACUGUACAUGCAGAUACGCAACAGGGCCCUGAUCCAGUACUUCAGCCCGUACCUCUCAGCGGACAUGCGCCUGAUGGCUGCCGCGUUCAACCGCACAGUGAAUGCACUGGAAGAUGAACUGAUGCAACUAAUACUCGAAGGCCAGAUCCAGGCGCGCAUUGAUUCUCACAAUAAGAUUUUGUAUGCUAAGGAUGUAGACCAGAGAAGCACCACCUUUGAAAGAAGCCUGGCGAUGGGUAAAGAAUACCAGCGGCGGACUUCUAUGCUGAUCCUUCGCGCUGCCAUGCUCAAGAAUCAAAUUCAUGUGAAGAACAUUGGUCGCGAGAUAGGCCCGCAGAGCGGCGAGGCGCCGGGCUCCAGCACCAGCCUCACGCCGCGCACCUUCGACACAGUGCCCUUGUGAUGAACUUUAUAAACAACUGAACCACCACCAUUUACUCAUGACAAUUUAAAACUAAACUUUACUUGCUAGUUAAACAAACGAAUCAGUUGUAGAUAUUUACAUUGUCAUGUGGAAAUUAAGAACUACUUUUUUAAACUCGAUUUGUGUACUGAAUAAUAUCCGCUUUUGUUUUUUUAUUGGUACGCUGAGUUCAGUGUCGUAUGCUCGGCCACUGCCGUAGUCUGCAACUGUUGGAGACAGGCGGUGGGACUCACACCCACCGACCCGCUGGUAUGGUGCAAGCAUUGAGUUCUCAACUUGUUUAUACUGAAUUAUUACUAUGUAACCACAAAAUAUUAUGUCUACGUAAUUUUUAACAUUAAAAGUAAAUGCAGA